AAGGGGGCAGAUUUUCCCUUGACUGUCUAUUGAUAUCAGCCCCUAAAUUUGAUUAUUCUCUUCUUCUUUCUAUUAUUGAUUUGAAUUAACGUAACAUGAUGUUUUUUCUAGUCAGUGUUUUUGUUAAUUCUAAAUAGUUUUUUAUUAAUUAUAAAUAAUUUAGCCUUCAAUAGGGAAAAUUAUUUUUGAUAAAAGUUAAAUAGUUAAACUCCGAAUUUAUAAACAAAUACAAAAUGGAAUUCGAUGAUGAUUUUUUCUUCGAAGAGGAUAAAAUGUUGGUUUGUCCCAACUACAAUAGUUAAUUUUAUUUUUUGUGCUAUAAUGUGAAAUGUGCCUUGUUAUUAUUUGUUUUUUAUUAUGCAUGCAUUAUCGUUGUGAUUCAAUGGAGCAGUUUAAAUGAACCAUCAUCUCAGUCUUCUGACACGAAUUCAUUCAUAAAUAAUAACCAAACGAAUCAACAAACAAUUGCUGAUCAUUUGAUUACUUUACCAGCAAGUUAUUUUGAAUCAAAUCACAUGGCUAUGAUGGAAAACCGCAUAAUGGUUUUUGGCUUUAUUAUUCGCUGCUUUGGAAAUUUAGUCCAGAUGUAAUGCUCACAGGACUGGAACAAUCUGCUGCUCAAGCACACCUAUCGAUUCAGCAGAUGGGUAUGACAAUAACAUCCGGAAACGUUGUUAUCCAGAAAGAUAGUAGUAACUUAAUAGGUAUCAGUAUUGGCGGAGGAGCACCAUACUGUCCUUGUUUAUAUAUCGUCCAAGUAUUCGAUAACACUCCUGCUGCCUUAGAAGGUACUUUACAAGCAGGCGACGAAUUAUGUGCUAUCAAUGGAGCGUCAGUCAAAGGAAAAACGAAAGUAGAAGUUGCUAAAAUGAUUCAAGCAUGUGACCAUCAAGUUAGCAUUAAUUAUAAUAAACUUCAUGCUGAUCCUCGUCAAGGACGUACUCUAGACAUUGCACUUAAAAAAGUCAAACAUCGAUUAGUUGAAAGUAUUGGAAGCGCGACAGCUGAUGCACUUGGGCUGUCUCGUGCUAUUCUCUGCAACGAUGCUUUAGUACAAAGACUUAUGACAUUACAAUACACUGAAAAUUUAUACAGAAAUCUCGUUGCUCAUGCCAAGUCCAUGUUAUAUGCAUUUUUUGAUCUCACCCAAAUUUAUAAAGUAUUUGGAGAUGCUUUUGCAGCCAUAGGAGUUCGAGAACCUCAACCUCGAGCAAGUGAAGCAUUUAGACAAUUUGGAGAGCAACACCGACAAAUGGAAAAAUUUGGAGUUACAAUGUUAAAAGCAUUGAAGCCAAUUUUAAAUGAUCUAGGAACUUAUCUCCAUAAAGCUAUUCCAGACACCCGUUUAACUAUUAGCAAAUAUGCUGAUGCAAAGUUUGAAUAUUUAUCAUACUGUUUGAAAGUAAAAGAAUUGGAUGAUGAAGAGCAGAGUUAUGUUGCUCUUCAGGAGCCUUUGUAUCGAGUUGAAACUGGAAAUUAUGAGUACAGAUUAAUAUUAAGAUGUAGACAACAAGCAAGACUUAAAUUCGCAAAACUUAGAUCAGAUGUUUUAGUAAAGUUAGAACUGCUUGAUAAUAAACACGUUCAAGAUAUUGUAUGGCAAUUCCAAAAGUUUGCAUCUGGUCUUGCUACGUACUAUGCAAGUACACGCGAUAUGUUGUCGGCAGUGACCCUAUUCCCUGUGGAAGUUGAUUUAACACAGUCAGCUUUCCAGUACAAAUCGACUGGACCUCAAUUUGUCGAUGAUGUUGAUGAUGAUAACGAUAGUGACAGUAUAAUUAAAAAGAAUGAAGAAAAAAGUGAUGAUGAUAUGUUAAUUUUAGAUACGAGUGAAACUAGUUUGAUAUCUCCCUAAGCUAAAGAUACAAGUGCGAUAUAUUUAUAAGUUGCAAAAAAAAGAAACUGAAAUUAUAAUGUUAUCAAUUGAACAUGUUUUAUUCUAAGAUUUUAAUAUUUCAAUCAAUAAUGAUGAAUAUUUUGU